AUGGCCUGGCUCGAUCGCCGCACGUUCAUGCUGGUGUUGGCAGUGCUGGUAGCCGGCAUACCCAGGACAGACUGCAGCUCAGGGGAGGAAUGCGAGGAGCUGAUCUGCUAUCCAAAGGCCGACAUGGCGCUAGCGGGGCUGAACGCGUCGCAUGAGAGGCUGGCAGAUGCCUGCGGAGACUUGGGGACGUGGAUGGACGGGACCCUGCUGGGAGCUUCAGUCUACGACCCGACGCACCUCGAGAAGUUCAGAGAGAUGGCGAUGGGAGAGAAGAAAAUGGUGAAAACUCCGUGCUGGCAAACGCGAUCCGGGACGUGGCAUUUUCGUCCCCGCCAGAGGAGCUUCUGGCUGCUCACCAUGGUGUCAGGGCGGAGGGUCCAAUACCUGAGGCAGGAGUGCUGCAUCUCCUCCAAGAGAGCCUCCGAGGAAGCAAGCGCCGACGCUUCUCUGUGCAACGAUGACGGCGAGAGAGUUCUGCUGGUCCCUCCUGGCCCUGAUGCAGCGCAGAGGAUGUGCCUCUUGUCUCGCAACCACCAGGACGUGAUCGACUCAGUGGACCAGAUUGCGAUCAAGGCAGGCACUUGCUACGAGGAGGAGGGGGAGAGGGAGGAGAUGAAAACAGCUGCAUUUUUCUCAUGGCUGCACUCGUGGAUCGAGGCCAGGGAUCUUGUUGCCUUCUCGAGCAAGAGGCGCAGGCGAGGGCUGCGGGAUGCCGAGCUUGCAGACGGCCUCUAUGCUGCAGGUUUCUCGAGGGAGAUCUGCAGCUAUGAGAUCGGAAUGAGGAGGAGGGGGAGGGGGGAGGGGAGGAGAACUGAUGUAGAGGAUCCUGUGAAGGGAAGAUCGAGCUGCAGGGUCGGCGACGAGUUUGAGCUUCCAUGGGAACAACACCACGUCCUGCAGCACUUCAUGCAUGCCUGCGACCAGAGGUUGAAGGAGCAUGAAGGAGCAGGAGCAGGAGCAGGAGCAGGAGCAGCAGAAGGUCAGUUCUUUCGGGUUGAGAUCGACUUGAUUUAUGAUGUUUCAUCCAUCAGCCACCGCGGGGAGUUUCGCCAUGGGUUUCACUGGAUCCCAACGUCUGUCUCCUCGUCCUCCCCGCCCUCAGCCUCCCUCACUGCUCUUGCUCCAGCUGCGCUCGGAGCUGUCGGACGACUCGCGGGUGUCGAUCUUGGACAUGGUUACAACAUCUUUGCGCUGCUCAACACCUCCGUGCCCUCUUCUACCGACGUGGAGGUGGAGAGGUCAACCUGGAACUUCAUCGAGGAGGAGCCGAGGGGAGGAUGGACCCUAGCUGAUGUCGUGGGCUUCCCGUUCUCCAGCGACAUUGUCAUGCCUCUCUUCUCCUGGCGAUCCUCUCGGCUGCUCCCUGCUGAAUCUCCGUGUGCAAGAAAACCCAAGGCGGCAGUGAUCUAUCUUGUGGGCCGAGGUCAGGAAUUCGACCUGGAGUCUCUGCGCGCGAGCUUGAGGGCUCUCGAAAUUCACUUUCUCCGUCCUCACUCCUUCUGCUACCCAGUCUUCCUCUUCCGCGAAGAAUGGGAUCAAGACUUGAUUGCAAUGAUACAAACUUGGACUGCAGCGAAUGUGGAGUUUCUCGUCGCCGACAUGUCGUUCCCCGCAAACUUUAACCCGGGCGGGAGGACGAGCGUUCACUCCAAGCGAUCUGCGUGGGGUUACCAGCACAUGUCAAGGUUCUGGGUGCGAGGAGUCUUCGAGCAUGCAGCUGUGCGAGAGCUGGAGAUGUUCAUGAGGUUGGACACAGACUCGUUCUUUGCGACCCCGCUCCUCGAUGUCUUCCAGGAUGCCCAGGAGAGGAACAUCUCCUAUGGGUACAGACAGGCAGGAAAGGACUGGACGGGCAAGACGAGAGGACUGUGGCGCUUUCACCUCCAGUACAUGAAAGAUACAUCGUCCUCCUGCCUUGAAACAGGGCAGGGCCCAGGAGCAGGAGCAGGAGCAGGAGACAGCAAAGGUCUCCUCCUCCGUCUCCUUGGGUACCCGAACAUCUCCGAGGACGCGGACGUGGCGAUGUUUUACACCAACUUCGAGCUGGUGAGCGUGAGGAGAUUCGUGCAAGAGGACGUGUGGAGCUACGUCAAGGCCCUCGAUGAGUCUCAUGGAAUUUAUCUGAAUGGCUGGGGCGACGCGCAGAUCCGAUGGAUGCAGAUCGCCACUUUCCUUGAGCUCCGCCAAGUUCACAGGUUUUGUCACUUCGCCUACAUCCACAGCGCGGCAGGAACCAAAGCCUUCGACUGCUGGCAAGAGGUGCAUGCUGCUACUGCUGCAGCUGCUGCUGCUCCUCCUCCUCCUUCUGAUAAUCAUCAUCAAUAA